CUUUUUUGCCCCAAUAAAUAGCGGCUUUUCUGUAAGAAAGCACGAACUGUGCUCGCCUGACGGUUUACUUGCUUAUUUACCCUUACCCAAGUGGGAAUGGGAUGUUUUUGAUUUUACAUUUGUCCUGGUAGAAGAAAUUUAGACCUCAGAAUGAUACAAAAUACACAAAUGACAUGAUAUCUGACUGUCUGUGCAGCCACAGAGAAGGUGCCGUUAGCAAGAGUUGGAAGAUUAGUGCACAGGACGGUUUGACGGUAUUUAUCAUCAGGACCUUUAACUACCACAGCUGAGGUCAAAACGCUAUAGUGGAGCGGGACGUCGGUGGUGUGCGGGGCUCGGGGAGCGGAGCGGUGUCGGUUAACGUUACCAUACCCUGUCUCGGGGACGAUAGCAUGGCUGCGGGAAAGGGAGCGGGGAAGCCCACCUCGCCAUGGGACAAUAUGAAGAUACGGUUCAUCGUUUGCUUCCUCGGAGUUUUCGUGUGCUACUUUUAUUAUGGAAUAUUACAAGAGACGAUCACUCGAGGUGAUUAUGGUCAUGAAGACAAAAAGGAGAAGUUCAGAUUUGCCCGGACAUUGGUCUUGAUCCAGUGCAUUAUCAGCGCUCUGUUUGCUAAGAUCUUGAUUCAGUUUUUUGAGGGCUCCAAGCCGGAUCACACCAAAAGCUGGCUCUACGGGCUGUGUUCCCUCUCUUAUCUCGGAGCCAUGGUGUCUAGUAACUCUGCCCUUCAGUAUGUCAACUACCCAACACAGGUGUUGGGGAAAUCCUGCAAGCCCAUACCAGUGAUGAUCCUCGGUGUGACAAUACUGAGGAAGAAUUACCCACUCGCUAAGUACCUGUGUGUGCUGCUUAUUGUGAGUGGUGUAGCUCUUUUUCUCUACAAACCCAACAAGAGCUCAGCUGUUGCAGAUGACCAUGUUUUUGGGUUUGGAGAGAUUCUGUUGCUGGUCUCUCUGACAUUGGACGGUUUGACUGGUGUGGCCCAGGACCACAUGAGGGCUCGCUUCCAGACGAGUGCCAACCACAUGAUGCUGAAUAUCAACAUGUGGUCCACUCUGGUGCUGGGACUAGCGGUUUUGUGGACAGGGGAGGUUUGGGAGUUCCUAAGUUUUACUGAACGCCACCCGAGCAUCAUCUACAACAUUCUUCUGUUUGGACUGACUAGUGCUUUAGGCCAGACCUUCAUCUUUAUGACUGUGGUGUACUUUGGGCCGCUGACCUGCUCCAUCGUCACCACCACGAGGAAGUUCUUCACCAUCCUCGGCUCCGUUAUUCUGUUUGGCAAUGUCAUGAGUACGAUGCAGUGGAUUGGCACCAUCCUGGUAUUCCUCGGUCUCGGACUUGAUGCUAAAUUUGGCAAAACCCCAAAGAAGACGACACACUGAGAGAAAGACGGAAACAUUGCACAUCAAAUGAACACACUAUAUAGCCAGUAUCUUAUUUUCAUAAGACAUCCUGUUCAGGCAUACUGUAUGUGCCUAUGAUUUAAGCACGGUCAGAUUUUGAACUUAACUGUAUUUAAAAGAGAGUUCUUUUAGUUUUCAACUCCAGCUUCUGUUUACUGUUGAUGUACUGAAAGAUUUACUUGGGAGCAAGUCCUGAAUGACCACAAGAUGCAACACCUUUGUGGAGGAAUUUGAACUGGUUCAGAGACACAGGUGGAAAAUACUGUAUUUAGACAAAUUCUUAUGUUUCUGAAACCAGCUCACCUCUCUUGGAUGGAUAUUGAACCAAACAAGACCCAAGACAUAUUUUUCCAGCGUUAAACUCAUGAACUUGCCACCAAAUAAGGCUUGGUUUAAAAAUAGUUUCUUAAAUAUGUGUAAUUAUCAAAUUUCUUGGCAAACAAUUAGCCAACUAUCAUGUCAUGUAUAAGAUAUAAACGGUUGUAUGUAGCCUGUUCUGUUAUGUCCAGUCUUACCAUUGAAUUGUUUUUAAUUUUAUUUUCUACAAGUUGAAAAUAAUGUACCAUAAAAGGGAAAUUGUGAUAUUUAA